UCAUUGCCUCUGCAGACAAGUACCAGCAUCUUCCGAUGCGCUCAGAUUCAAAGGGACCGACGCUGGAGUUUCUAAAAAAUGGCGUUCAGGUUAAGUUCCGGAGAUGUCGCUGGCUUCAAAGUACUGUUUUGUUUGGCGAUUCUUUACGGUCUCAUGUCGAUUAUAGCCUACUCCGUCAUUCACAUGAAGUUCAUCACACCUCUCGGCCUCGAUGCGCCUCUCGAUCGAUUUUCGGAAUCCAGAGCCGUCGAGCAUGUCCGAGUGUUGUCCAAGGAGAUCGAUGGUCGCCAGGUAGGGCGUCAAGGUUUAAGAGAAGCUGCUGAAUAUAUCAAAACGCAGUUGGAAAAGAUGAAGGAGCAAGCUGGACCCAAUCUUAGGAUUGAGAUAGAGGAAAACAUCAUUAAUGGCUCCUUCACCAUGUUGUUUCUAGGCCAUAGUCUGUCUCUGGCAUAUAGAAAUCAUACAAACAUUGUCAUGAGGUAUCCUAUUUGGGUUUAAGUUGGACAUUGUACUUUUUCAUGCGAAUUUAGUAUAUUGUAUGAAAUUUCCAGGGACUUUGGGAGUCCAGGUGUUGCACCAAGUUUCUUGUUCUUCUAAUGAUGAGCUGUUGAGGCCUCUAUUAGAGCUUGUGUGAGGGAGAGAAAGGGCACAUGAAUACAAAGGCAACAAGAAAGUGAAACCAGAAUAUCAGAUAAAAUUUAGCCUUGCAAAUUAGGUUCUAGGUGAUACUUCAUGACUUCCCAAAUUACUGGCGAGCCAGGAUGCAUUUACUAUGUUGUCUUCCUGAUUGAUACCUAAAUUCUAGAAUGUGUGGCAAACAUGAUGUGUGCGCACGUGUAAAAGUUUGUUGUAAGAAAAAUGAAACUGUAGCAAUAAAAUAUAUCUAUAUAUAUAUAUAUAUAUAUUUUUUUUUUGGGGGGGGGGGGG